AUGGCAGCGAGCUAUAUUCGGACCUUCCCAGAACCCGUUGCGAAGCAGUCGGUCGGGUACUUGGAAUCAUGCGGAGGGCGGGAAGAAACAAAUUCCACCUGGAGACGAUUACGUCGGAAAAUGGGUGUCAGAAACGUUUUAAUUCUUGGCGGAGUGUUGUCUGUGGUGGUAUAUGUUCACUCUGAGCCGUUGGCCUUGAUAAAUCCCAUUGCGAGGGCCAAUUCCCAGUUGCCCGUGCUGCCAAAUUAUCAACUUGAUGCCAACAUAGCCCAUUAUCUUGGCCCAUAUGGCCCCCGUUACACCGUCCCUAGCAAAAUCUCUUCCGAGAUACCAAAGGGCUGUAGUGUGACUAUGAUCAAUAUUUUACAACGUCAUGGCGCCCGUUACCCCACCAAAGGCAGUGGAGCAGGUAUCGAUGCAUCAUUGACAAAGCUUAAAGGUGUAGCGGCUAUUUCCGAGCCUUCACUUAAAUUCAUAUCAACGUUUAACUAUACCUACGUCGCGGACCAACUCAACGAUUUCGGCCGUAAGCAAUCCUACAUCUCAGGGCAAAUAAUCGCAACGAAAUACGCCUCGCUUGGAACUGCAAAAUUCGUCCGGGCCGCCCAAAAGGACCGAAUUGUCGAGUCUGCCAGGUGGUGGAAACAAGGUUUCCAAGGUGGAUCAUUUGACGUGCCGAUCACUAGUCUUCCUCAACCCGAUGUGUCGAUCAUUAUAAGCGACACGAGCAAUAACACCCUCAAUGUGCAGACCUGCGUCACUGCUGAGGCUAUUGACCCUGCUCCAGGUGAUAUUGCAAGCGGAGAUUGGUUGGGCAGGUUCGCACCUCCGGUUACGAAGCGACUCAAUCAGCUAUUACCUGGCGCCGGGUUGAACGACAAUGAUACUAUCAAUUUGAUGAGCUUGUGUGGAUUCGAUACCGCCGCAAGGAAUGGGAGCGCAAGCCCAUGGUGCGGUGCGUUUGAUCAGAGUGUCUGGAGGAAUAACGAAUAUUACUAUGACCUUGAGAAAUAUUACUCCAAAUCGUACGGGUCACCGUAUGCUAGGUCUCAAGGCGCGGGAUGGGUCAAUGAACUUCUAUCCCGCCUGACCAACACACCCGUAGAAGAUUAUACAACCACCAACAGCACUCUUGACUCGAACCCCGCAACCUUCCCCAUCGGAUCUUCUGCUCCUCGAAUUUUUGCUGAUUUUUCGAGCGACAAUAACAUUGCUAUGAUCCUCUCUGCGCUUGGUAUUCUCCGUGAUGCCAAGCCCCUUCCUCCAUCAGGACCAAUCCCAUCAUCUUCAACUCAGCAAUUCGUCGUCUCGAAAUUGGUCCCAUUUGCCGGAUCAACGGUCGUUGAAAAGCUAUCGUGCCCCGCUCUCCCAGCCAAAGAAUAUGUCCGCAUUAUUAUCAACGAUGCGGUCAUUCCUCUCACUGGACUCGCGCCAUGUGGAAAGCAAGGAGCCACCGAAGGCCUGUGUGCUCUAGAUAAGUUUGUGGAAAGCCAAGCAUACGCGAAGGCCGGCGGGAAUUGGACUACUUGUUUAGCAUAG